GUCUUGAAUGCAGCAUUAUGUUGACUAGCAAGAAGAAGUACUCCUGUCUUGUCUCUGCUAGUUAGCUAGCUGCAGUAACUGUGACAAUCGAGUUGUGGAGCACAAUGAGACAACUCCAGAAAUGAAAGCUCUCUGUCUGUAUGUCUGUCCUCUCAGGUGUGUGUCCCUGCCCUCAGUAGCAGUGAUGGACGGAGAAGCCCAAAGGGCGGCUGUGUCAUGGGAGAAUGGCACUCUGGCUCCUGUGGACCGCCUUCGCUCCGAAAGGGCAGACAGCCCCACACCAGGUCUGGUGGAAGGAACUGAACCAGGUGCCGGUCAGAAGAGUGCCAUGUUCGUCCAUGCGCAGUCUUUUGAGGAUCUGACUGCAGAGACUGAAGAAGUGGCUCAGAGGGACGCUGAACUGGACAAGUCAGAAGGAGAGUGUACAGACGAGCUCAAGGUUCUGGUGGGCGAGAAAACCAUAGAGGAGCAACGCAACAGCAUUUCAUCGGAGACCAGGUCUAAGGAGGAGGAUGUGUCCAGCGAGGCGUGGAGGAGCCACAGAAAACAUGUGUUUGUGCUGAGCGAGGCUGGAAAGCCCAUCUACACCCGCUAUGGCACAGAGGAGGCUCUGUCCAGCACCAUGGGGGUGAUGAUGGCCCUCGUGUCCUUCGUAGAGGCCGAGAAGAACAUCAUCCGCUCCAUCCAUGCAGAUGGCUGUAAAGUGGUUUUCCUCACUAAGAGCCCUCUGGUCCUGGUGGGCGUGUCUCGGACCUGUCAGUCAGACAAGGAGCUGCUGCGGGAGCUGCAGUACAUCUACUAUCAGAUCGUCAGCUUGCUCACGCUCACUCAGCUCAACCACAUCUUCCAACACAAGCAGAACUACGACCUGCGCCGCCUUCUGGCCGGCUCCGAGUAUCUCACCGACAACCUGCUGCAUCGGCUGGACCGAGACCCAGGCCUGCUCCUCAGCGCUGUCACCUGCCUGCCUCUGGCCAGCUCCUCCAGGGAUGUGGUCUCAUCAAGCCUGCAGGCCGCUAAAGCCAAAAACCUGGUGUUCUCCAUCCUGCUGGCGGGGGACCGGCUUGUUACCCUGGUGAGAAAAAAGGACCAGUUCCUGCACCACAUAGACUUGCACCUAGUCUUCAACCUCGUCGGCUCCUCUUCGUCCUUCCGAGAGGGUGAAGGCUGGACGCCGAUCUGCCUGCCAAAGUUUAACACUGCGGGAUUUUUCCACGCUCACAUUUCUUACCUGGAGCCUGCGUCCGAGCUCUGCCUCAUCCUGGUCUCAACAGACAGAGAGGACUUUUUUAACAUGUCCGACUGCAAGCAACGGUUCCUGGAGAGGCUGAGUAAGCGCAGUGCCUACCAGGCUCUGAAAGAGGCGCUUAAAUGUCCCAGUUACUCUGUGGCGCAGGUCGGCAUCCCAGAGCUCAGGCACUUCCUGUACAAAUCAAAGAGCUCGGGGUUGUACACCAGUCCAGAGUUUCCUGCGGUGUACCAGUCUGACGAGGAGCAGGAGAGGCUGAUGGGUUUGUACCAGGACCUUCACAGCUGCUUGCACCAUCCAACCAGACCUCUCCGUUCCUUCUACCGCUGUGGUGAAACUGAAAACCUGCUGGCGUGGGUGACAAGCGGCUUCGAGCUCUACCUCUGCUUCAGUCCACUGGCGACCAAGGCCUUGGCGGUCUCUGCUGUCAACAAACUGCUGAAGUGGAUCAGGAAGGAGGAGGAUCGUCUCUUCAUCCUGAGUCCUCUCACAUACUGAGCCCUCGCUGCUGGCUGACCGGCCUCCUGGAACAAAAAGAGUUAUCCCUGAACUGAACGCCGCCUGGCCCGGUGCUGUACCAGCUUCUGUGGAUGAAGCAGUCGUCAGUUCAGUGUCCACAUACUGUAUGAUUGUCAAAGCUAUGCAUUUCUUGCUAAUGGGUUCCUCUGAUCUAAUUCACAGAUUUGUGAUGAAGUAGAUUGUGCAAUGACGUUAAAUUAAAGCUGUAUUUUAGCUGGCUAGAUUUAAAAAAAAAAAAAAAAAAAAAUGAUUUG